AUGAAGAACCUCAGCUCCAUUUCGUUAUUGAUCCUCGCUUCUGCGGUACAGAAAGCUGCGUGCUGGGGAGCGCUUGGUCAUUAUACUGUAGGAUAUAUUGCCUCGAAUUUCGUAACAAAUGCUACACAAGCCAAAUUCCAAGCAAUUCUAGGAGACACCAGUGCCGAUUACCUAGCCUCAGUUGCAGCAUAUGCUGAUUCUUAUCGCUCAACCGCUGCGGGAACAUUCACAGCGCCAUUUCAUUACAUCGAUGCUUUGGACAACCCACCAGAAUCAUGUGGGGUUGACUUUGAACGUGAUUGCACUGCUGCAGGUUGUGUCGUGAGCGCUAUCAGCAACUACACUCAACGAGUUCAAAACAGAAGACUCAAGGCAGCAGAUGUAGCUUUAGCAGCAAAGAUGAUCGUUCACUUCCUGGGCGACAUCCAUCAGCCACUACACGACGAGAACCUUGAGCUUGGUGGAAAUGGCAUCAAAGUAAAGUUCGACGGCGUCAGCACGAACCUUCAUUCUGUGUGGGAUACAUCGAUUCCUCAGAAAUUCGCCGGGACAGCUAGUUUUGUGAACGCCAAAACGUGGGCGACCAAUCUUACCGAGACUAUCAAAUACGGGGCUUACAGCAAGGCUUCCGCUUCAUGGCUUGAUGGGCUUAAAUUGAGCGACCCUGUAGCAUCAAGCAUGGUGUGGGCACGGGAUACCAAUUCAUAUGUUUGCAGUGCUGUCUUGCCAGAUGGAAGAAAUGCGACUGAAGCUGUUGAUCUUGGAGGCGAAUAUUACGCAGAGGCACUUCCUGUUGUUCAACUUCAGAUUGCGAAGGCUGGUUACAGACUCGCGGGAUGGUUGAACUUGAUUACAGCUAGUAAUGUUGGAUUUUGA